AUGUCAGCGACCGGUCGGAUGUGGCUAAUCCUCCUCCUUCCCGGAAUUUUAGCACGCACAUUGGAAUCGCCCGAUCCGAACGAAGUGCCUCAAGUGUUCCAGGAGCUGUACCGAAAGUGCAAUUUGUCGCGAUAUCUGCCGGAGACAGCCGUGGGGGCAAAGAUUUGGACUUUGGAGGUUGAUCCGGAAGAGAAAGAGCUUUACGCCGUUGAGUACGAGAUUGACUUUGUGGAUCAAAUUAAGGUCAUUACGAGGUAAGUGGGGGCUGAGUCACAAGCUUUAGGUCCAAAAUGCAUUUGUUUCGAAUUCUGAAAAACGGAAAUGAAAAAUCGGUUUCGGCCAAGUUUCCGAAAAGCAGACUUCAAUACCGGAAUUUUAAGGCCGAAACUUUUGCGACAAACUUUCGCGUCCCGACUUUGCGGGUCGACGACAGGUCAACAGUACCAUGGAUCGCGUGGGUUCGUCGUUGUAUGCAUGGUGGGGGCUAGGAGAGGGCUUAGUUAGUAGAGAUAACAAGAUUGGUCUGGUUCUAGGAUAGCUUAUCACCUAUUUUGAGGUAUUUUACGUGUACUCGCAUCAAUAAUAGCUAGAUAAAGUUAUGGAUCUUCGUAUUUUGCCGAACUCAGCAUAAAGCAAAUUAGCGAAAGUAAGGAAGAGUGGACAUAUUGCAAGUCUCCGCCGAGCGUCCACCGACCAUCCAACCGCUUUGCUAGGCCUCGUAGGCACUUCCUACAACCUUUUUUGCGGGUGUCCGCUCACCCUACGCCCCGUAUCGAUCGAUUUUGUCUUAACGCGAACUGUCGUCGACCCGAAAAGUUAGGACGCGCGUCAAUCGAAAGUGGAAGAAAAAAUUUCCUGCCGCUUUUUGGUGAUUCGUUCAAAACGAAAUGUCACUAUCCGAUAAAACGCAUUUUCUUAUCUUUCUUCUUCCUUUUCAAGAAAAAGCAAUUAUUUCGGGCGAGAAAAAGUGCCGAUAAUUUCGCGACAUUUCGCCUCUCUUUUAAAUCAAUGAAGCCGAUACGAAGUUUCGAAACGGUUCAGGAAAUGCGCUGUAUUGACGUGGGACGCGAUAUUUUACGGGCCGACCCGGCCGGGCUUUCAAUAUUUUCCAGGCCUGGCCUAGGGACGGCCCGGGUGGCUGGCUCGGAGCCGUGACAAUCUCUGGUUUCCACCUCAGCUCAUUUCUCGGUGGAAUUGUUUUAAUGGUUUUUCUUCAGGAAGCACCUGAAUGAUUACAAGAAAGCAGAGGGUAUCUGGAGCUAUGACAUGAGCAAAGUCGGCUUUACUAACUUGCAGUAUGUUGGAAAUAACUUUUUUUUAUUGUGAUCUUGUUUCAUUGUUUAUCUUUUUUUAAUUUUAGACAUCAGUUUUACUGGAGUGACGAUCCGACUAAAACGCUCUAUUUGGGAAAUAAAUCUAAUGAGGAUUUUUCUCUGGGUUAUCGUGGAUUUGCUCGGGAAGACUAUGUUUACGCAAUAAUGAAACCAAACGACGAUGAGCAUGUCAGCUUUUGGCGUUGGAGAAGUGAUUUGGAGCCAGGCUAUACACGUCUUUCGACAGGGACCUGGAAUAUGACCGACUAUAUAAUAUUUCUUGAGCCGGAUGGUCUUCUUUAUAAGCUUUCGGGAGACCUUUGCUCUGUAUUUCUGAAAUUUAACGAAUCGGUAAGCAGUUUUGCAAAAAAACUUUUAAAAUCUUGGUGAGUUUUUAUUCGCUUUUUGGGUGUUACCGGUCUACGUUCACGGAUGCCCUCGAACUGACCUUUCAUUUUUCUUCCAAAUGGGGAAGCACGUCAAUCCAAAAUACAGGGUGUUCAGAGAAUUAUGGAAAAAACUAUUCAUUAAUAACUUUGCGCUCGGUGGUCCAAUCCGAAAAAUUUUUUUUGCAUUUUACAGAAAAACCUUGGAGUUUUUAGAAUCUAAAAAAUUUUUUUUUCUUUUAUCGGCGGAGACUUCCGUAAUCCGCGUUGAAUUCGGCGGAGUGUUUUUUCACAAAACAAGGCUGUAAAUCGUUGUAUGUGUAAAGAAAAUGGGCGGAAGAGGAUUUAGAAGAUACAAUGUGACAUUUCUUUCAAAUUUCUGUGCUUCGGCGGAGACAUUUUUAACCUCGGCGGACGAUUUUUCUGCGACCCCGGAUAGUCAAAAUUGGCUAAAACCAAAGAGUAUGGUAUCCCUGGUGGCAUGGAGCUUAAAAACGAUUUAAUACGUCUUCAGCCGGCUGGCAGAUGAAAAAAAGGUAAUUCGGCGGAGAAAUCGGCGGAGAAAAAAAUUAACCCAUUUAAGAAAUUAUGAUGAGAAAACUAAAGUUGUAGGUCUUAUACGGCCCUGAUCAACCAAAAAUAUGAUUCUUCUUAUUGGCGGAUGCUCGGCGGAUGAAUUUGCAUAUGUAAGUUCUUAAAUACGUUCAUCUUUUUUUCGCCUAUUUCUCCGCCGAAUUGACGUUUUUUCAUCUGCCAGCCGGCUGAAGACGUAAUAAGUCGUUUUUAGGCGCCAUGCCACUUGGGAUACCAUACGCUUUGGUUUUAGCCAAUUUUGACUAUCCGAAGUAGAAGAAAAAUCGUCCGCCGAGGUUAAAAAAUGUCUCCGCCGAAGCACAGAAAUUUGAAAGAAAUGUCACAUUGUAUCUUCUAAAUCCUUUUCCGCCCAUUUUCUUUACACAUACAACGAUUUACAGUCCUAUUUUGUGAAAAAAACACUCCGCCGAAUUCAACGCGGAUUACGGAAGUCUCCGCCGAUAAAAGAAAAAUUUUUUUUUAGAUUCUAAAAACUCCAUAGUUUUUCUGUAAAAUUCAAAAAAAAAUUUUCGGAUUGGACCACCGAGCGCAAAGUUAUUAAUGAUUAGUUUUUUCCAUAAUUCUCUGAACACCCUGUAGAAGAAAAAAUUUCCCGCUUCUUUUUUGGUGAUUCGUUCAAAACGAAAUGUCACUAUCCGAUAAAAGCAUUUUCUUAUCUUUCUUCUUCCUUUUCGAGAGAAAACAAUUAUUUCGGGCGAGAAAAAGUGCCGAUAAUUUCGCGACAUUUCGUCUCUCUUUUAAAUCAAUGAAAACGAUACGAAGUUUCGAAACGGUUCAGGAAAUGCCCUGGAUUGACGUGGCAAGGUCGGAGAGAGAAAGAAUACCUUUCGGUUUUAACUUACGUAGCCAACCUUGCUUGAAAAAAUGGAUUUUUUUUUAAUUAUUGAAACCCCACUUCUGUCAAGGUUAGAAAAUGUUUCCACUCUGUCAAAGUUGACCAAAAACAUAGAGAUUUUUUCCAAAAAGUCCGGUUUUAGAAGUUCGAGAGAUUCCACUGCAACCGCGACUCGGGGAUUUACACUCGAAGAAAAUUGGAUACAAUUUACAGUAUGGUAAGUCUCUCACUCAAAUGAUAUUCCCAAAAUUAUAUAUUUUAGACGAUAUUCGCAUAUCUGACAAGGAGAUGCGACCCCACUGUCUAUGAAGACCAAUGGAAACAUGCCUUUUCGAAGAUUCAAUUUUUUUCGGCGCCUACUACAAAUUCGGUAAAUCCAAAAAGGGAUAACAUGUGGGUAAAACUAAAACGUUGGUGGGAGACAUGGACGGAUUUGUUUGUCUUUUCGGCGCUACAACUUUCCGGGUCGGCGACAGUUCGGAUCAACGAAGAUUGCGUCGGGGGCGUGGGGGACUAGGAGAGGACUUUGUUAGUAAAAAUAACGGUAGAAGCUCCUUAUACGGCCACAACUUAUAACUUUGCGGAAACUGGUCAGAACUAGCCCAAAUUUAGCGUGCACGCUCAAUUCAUCGUUGUCAAUGCCCGGACAGCGGAUUUAGUUAGUGAGGUACCUUCUUUUUUACGUACCACCUUACCCUUCAAAAACGGCUGCAGCCUGCGAUUUUACACUUUAUACGAUGAAACGUGUCCGGAACUAAACAUGUAAUUCAGUACCAGUUAGGUCAAAGCCUUUUUUCCGAACUUUAGUUCCCAAGCUUGGGCGCAGUUCGCAGAGUACCUUUGUUGUGGCCAGAAUAAGAAACCUUUUUCAAAAUAACAAGAUUGGUCGGGCACUAGAAUAGCUCAUCACUUAUUUGUGUUGACCCGAAAAGCGCGGUUUUUUCACUGCAUUGUGCGAACUCAUUUUUCCAUUUUUUGCACUGUGCAAAUUUUAUGGAAACUUUUUUCUGUGCGAUAAAGGUUUUUCUGACUGCACAGUGCAGUAAAAGAGAAAAGUUCAAAUUUUUGCUGUAAGUUUUUUUCAGACCAUCAUCGUGAAUACCACUGCCGCUAUGGACGAAGCCCCUACAAGUACAACAAAAUUGUCACCAACUAAGGUGUAGGUUUGUUAUCGUAACCCAAAAAUAUUGUGGUUCUUGGUAGUGACAAAAAGUCCUAAAUUUUGGCCGACUUUUGAUCUAAAAAUCCCGGUAAAAGUUCCUUAUUUUGGCCACAACUUAUAACUUUGCGGAAACUGGUCGGAAUUAGCAAAAAUUUAGCGUGCACGCUCAAUUCAUCGUUGUCAAUGCCCGGACAGUGGAUUUAGUUAGUGAGGUACCUUCGUUUUUACGUACCAUCUUACCAUUCAAAAACGGCUGCAGCCUGUGAUUUUACACUUUAUACGAUGAAACAUGUCCGGAACUAAACUUAUUGCCUCCGUAUGGAACUAAAUGAGUCGUCACAGCCUUCGUAGGUACCCUUAAAACUAUAGAGCUAUUAUUGUAGUAAUUCAGUGCCAGCUAGGUCAAAGCGUUUUUUCCUAACUUUAGUGCCCAAGCUUGGGCGCAGUUCGCGGGGUACCUUUGUUGUGGCCAAAAUAAGGAACUUUUUCCAAAAUCCCGGUUGUUUCUGCAAAGCGCGAACUAGAAUUCUCGCAUACAUCUUGUAAAAAAUUAUUCUAAAUUUGUGCCAAGUUUCAUCAAAAUCUGAGCGUCGGACUUGGGGUACUUCCCCUCUGAUUCUUCCCCUCAAAAUGCGGUCGUCUACUUUUAGCGCUGGAUUGGACGAAUCGGCCGCCUACAUUAUUUUUGGUUCCGCUGUCGGAGUAUUUGUCGUCGUUCUUGUCAUCAUGUCCAUUGCAAUUUGGUUGAUUUACAGAAGAAGGAAGCGGAAGGUAAAGAAAUUUGUCUAGGCCCCGUGAUCGCACUGGUCUUUCUAGAGAAAGAUGAAGGGUCAGAAGAAGCCCAAGGCCUCAAAAAAGACGAAAAAGAAGACUCGUGCUACCAAAAAGAAGGAGACUACGGAGACCGCUGCGGACACGAAGACUGAAACUCGUUCUACAGUUAACACUCAGAAGUCGAUAAAAGUAAGGCAGAAAGUGGAAAGAUUUUUUGACCGCACUGUGCAAUUAGGAAAAGUUUUUGAUUUUUUUGCACUGUGCGGCAUGAAUUAAAACAUUUUUUUGAGGUUUGAUAAAAAUGCAAGUCUUUUUAGAAUGCGGAUACUCAUUCUACCACCAAGACUCAGAAAUCGUUCCAGGUAAGGGAGGAAAUUGAUAUUUUUGACCGCACUUUUUGAUCUUUUUGAUCGCCGUGCGUGAAAAACAUUUCGGCACGGUGGAAUUAGAAUUAGAAUAUUUUUUCAAUGUCAUUAAAAUGUAAGUCUUUUCAGAUUCCCAUGGUUUCGAACGAGGAUUAUUUUAGCAUCAAUCAAGGUGGAAAAACUAAGGAAAGCAAAGAAAAGGUAGGAAAGGGUGCUUCAUUUUUUCUCCCAAAAAAUCAGUGGGAUAUAAAUUCUUUGCACAGUGAAAACGUUUUUUUUCUGAUUCACAGGGGAAGUACUUCAAGUGUGACGCUCAGAUUUUCUUUAAAUUUUGCACACACAUCGGGUAUGGACUAAAUAUCAAUUCCUGAAAGUUUUAGCUCGCGCUUUGCGGGCGCCGCCGAGAUAUUGAACGAUUUUUCCCGCCGAGAGAGCACGCUCAACGUGGAGAGCGGUCAGAGAGAACACCGCUUUUUGGCCAUAACUUUGGCAGUUUCGUGCGGAAAAAUUUGAUUUUUUGUAGAAACAUUAUUCUUUACGGUUGAAAUAGGCAUGAAACUUUUCGUGCCGAAAUUCGGCAAAAAGUCCCAAAUUUUCGCCGACUUUCGAUCUAAAAAUCUCGGUUGUUUCUGCAAAGCGCGAGCUAGGAUUCCCGCAUAUACCUUAGAAAAAAUUAUUCUAAAUUUAUGCCAAGUUUCAUCAAAAUCUGAGCGUCACACUUGGAGUACUUCCCCUGUCAGUAUAUAAAAUACCACAAAUUUCUUUUUCAGAAAGCCUCGAAUGGAAAGAUGGGCAAGAAGACUCGUGAAAAUAUUUAUCCGGUGGAUAAGACCGAAUCCGUUGCAGCCCCGAUCACGGAUUCAAGCCACCCCUUUGCUUAG